AUGAGAAAGGUGUUUAUAUUUGAAUUUAUAUUGGCAGCUCAUGUUGUAUUUUGUAUUUUGAUAGAAAUGUAAUCAAUAAUAUUUCCAAUUUAAUAAAAAUUAGUAGAUUUAGAUAAUGUAGGACCUGUAAAAAAGUAUAAUAAUUAUAUUAAAUAUUAUAUAGAAAUACUCAUGCUAAUCAUAAUUCAUAUUUUGAUUUAUUUGGAUUCUUUGGACUUUGUAUUUGGUUAUUAUUGAAAUAUUUUUUUGAAGGAUUUCGAUUUAAUUCAAUUCUAAUAAUGGCUGCAUAUACAUUCUUCUUUUUUGAUAGAGUAAUAUAUAUAUAUAUAUUAAUUAUAAUAGGCAUUAUAAUUUGCAGAUAAAAUAUUAUGUUAAGUAUCUGCUGUAUUAACUAUUUUAUAUAUUUGGACAUUAAUUAGUUAUCCUGUUUAUGAAUUUCCUAAAUCUACAGGUAAAUAUAGAACAUGUUAUAAAUCAAUUAAAUUAAAUGAUAGUUAUUAAACUGAUACUUCUGUAUAUUAUCCAUGUUAAGAUAAUAAAUAAGAAGAUAUUAAAUAUAAAUGGUUACCAAAUAAUAAAUUUAGUAAAUUAAUAUAUGAAUUAUCUAUUUUAUCAACUAAAUGGGCACCAUCUGAAUGGAUAUUUGAUAUUGGAUUAUCUUUUUUAAAGUAUUUAAUUAUUAUUAAAUUUAAGUUUUAUUAAUUUUACAGCUAGUAUUGAAUAACCAUUAAUAAAUAAAGAAUUAGAUGUUAUUAUAUUUAGUCAUGGAUUUUCAUAACAUAGAAAUGCAUAUACAACAUUAUGUUAAUAAUUAGCAAGUGAAGGUUAUGUUGUAUUUUCAUUAUAACAUUAUGAAUUAGUUUAUCCAUGGGAUAUUAAAGGUACUAAAAUAUAUAAUACUGGUAAUUAUCCAGAAAUUAUUGAAAAAUAUUAAAAAAUAAGAUCAUCACAUUUAGAAUGGAGAACUGAAUAAAUUUAAUAAUUAAUUGAUAAUUUAAAAUCAAAUAAAAUUAAAGAUGUAUUUUAUGAUUUUAAACCAUUAUCAAUUAAUUUAAUUGGUCAUUCAUUUGGUGGUGCAUCUGUUCUUAGAGUUGCUUAAGAAAUUAAUGUAAAUAGUGUUAUUGCAUAUGAUCCAUGGUUAUUUCCAUUUAAUUAAGAAUAAAUGCAUAAAUAAGUUAAAUGUAGAACCUUAAUAUUAAGUAAAGAUAAAAAUAGAAUUAAAUAAGAAUGGUUUGAUCCUAAAUUACUUAAAGAAUUUUUAGAUUUUAAUACAUAAAUUGAACAUUAUAAAAUUAAAGGUUUAGAUCAUGCUUAUCCUGUUGAUUUAACUUAUUUUAUUGCAGCUGAAAUGGUAUUAAUUGGUGAAUUAAGAACUGAUGAAAAUCUAUUCAAAAUUAAUAAUUUAAUUAGUUCAUUAACUAUUAAAUUUAUGUAAUAAAAACUAUUCAGUAUCGAAGAAAAUAAAUAAUUUUGUUGA